CAGAUUAUGAACAAUAGUUCAUUUAACUAAUAUAUCAUCAUCAUGGCUGAUGAAGGCUGUUCCAAGGCUGGUGACAGUCCUUUUACUUCAGAUAAACAUGCCCAGUUCAUCAUGACCCAGAUCAACAAAAUGAGGAAUGGACAGCAUUUCUGUGAUGUUCAGCUACAAGUCGGGAAAGAAACUUUCGAAGUUCAUCGGCUGGUUUUGGCAGCCAGUAGUCCCUACUUUGCAGCUUUGUUCACUGGAGGAAUGAAAGAGUCCUCCAAAGACGCUGUACAGAUUUUAGGAAUUGAAGCUAGAAUCUUUCGUGUACUUCUAGAUUUCAUUUACACAGGUUUAGUGAAUAUAGGUGUGAAUAAUGUCCAGGAGUUGAUUGUUGCAGCAGACAUGUUGCAGUUGACAGAAGUUGUUAAUCUUUGCUGUGAAUUUCUGAAAGGACAAAUUGAUCCACUGAACUGUAUUGGGAUCUUUCAGUUCUCUGAACAAAUUGCCUGCCAUGAUCUUUUGGAAUACACAGAAAACUAUAUUCAUGUUCAUUUCUUGGAAGUUCAUAAUGGAGAAGAGUUCCUGGCACUUACAAAAGAUCAACUGGUCAAAAUUUUGCGAAGUGAAGAGCUUAGCAUUGAGGACGAAUACCAGGUUUUCUUAGCUGCAAUGCAGUGGAUUCUGAAAGAUCUGGGAAGGAGAAGAAAACAUGUAGUAGAAGUGCUUGACCCAAUUCGAUUCCCUUUAUUACCUCCACAGAGACUUUUAAAGUAUAUAGAAGGAGUAUCUGAUUUUAAUCUUCGUGUUGCAUUGCAAACACUUUUGAAAGAGUACUGUGAAGUGUGUAAAUCUCCCAAAGAGAACAAGUUUUGUAGUUUUCUACAGACAUCUAAGGUUCGACCUCGGAAGAAAGCAAGAAAGUACCUGUAUGCAGUAGGUGGAUAUACUAGAUUACAGGGUGGUCGCUGGAGUGACAGCAGAGCCCUCAGCUGUGUAGAACGUUUUGACACCUUUAGCCAGUACUGGACCACUGUGUCUUCACUUCAUCAGGCUCGAUGUGGACUUGGAGUAGCAGUCCUGGGAGGGAUGGUCUAUGCUAUUGGAGGUGAAAAGGAUUCAAUGAUUUUUGACUGCACUGAAUGUUAUGAUCCUGUUACCAAACAGUGGACAACUGUUGCUUCAAUGAAUCAACCUCGCUGUGGUUUGGGAGUGUGUGUGUGUUAUGGGGCUAUCUAUGCUUUGGGUGGAUGGGUUGGAGCUGAGAUAGGGAACACCAUUGAACGAUUUGAUCCUGAUGAAAAUAAAUGGGAAGUAGUUGGCAAUAUGGCUGUGUCACGCUAUUACUUUGGAUGCUGUGAAAUACAAGGUUUAAUUUACGUAGUUGGGGGCAUCAGCAAUGAAGGAAUAGAGCUUCGAUCUUUUGAGGUUUAUGAUCCACUUUCCAAGCGCUGGUCUCCACUUCCUCCAAUGGGAACCAGAAGAGCAUACCUUGGGGUGGCUGCCCUGAAUGACUGCAUCUAUUCUAUUGGAGGAUGGAAUGAAACACAAGAUGCUCUUCACACUGUAGAAAAAUACUCUUUUGAAGAGGAAAAGUGGAUUGAAGUUGCCUCAAUGAAAGUACCUAGAGCAGGCAUGUGUGUUGUGGCAGUCAAUGGCCUUCUGUAUGUUUCUGGAGGUCGAUCUUCUAGCCAUGACUUCUUGGCCCCAGGAACUUUGGACUCAGUGGAAGUUUAUAACCCUCAUUCAGAUACAUGGACAGAAAUUGGUAAUAUGAUCACCAGUCGUUGUGAAGGAGGUGUUGCUGUAUUAUAACAUACAAAGCAUACAGCCAUACCAGAAACAUUUUGAAAAUACAGUACUUUACCUUUUGCAAAUCAAAUAUGUACCUAGUGAUAGAAUCUUCUGACUUUAUUUUGCUUCUCUGUGUUUAGUUAAGAAAUUACUA